AUGGAAGACGAGCAACUCCUCGACUACGAAGAAGAACAGGAGGAAAUCCAAGAAAACAAAUUAGAUGCAGGAGCUGGGGACGCUGCCAAGAAAACUAAGGUAAUUUUUAUGCUUUCAUUCUUUCAUAUAACAUUUUCAUUUUAGGGAACAUACGCUUCUAUUCACAGCAGUGGUUUCCGUGAUUUCCUUCUAAAGCCUGAAAUCCUUCGUGCCAUCGGCGACUGCGGUUUUGAGCAUCCCUCUGAAGGUUUUCAUUUCCGUUGGAACACUCUUCGAAACAAAAUUAUUUCAGUCCAACACGAGUGCAUUCCCCAAGCUAUUCUCGGAAUGGACGUUGUUUGCCAAGCAAAAUCUGGAAUGGGUAAAACUGCAGUCUUCGUGAUUGCCACUCUGCAACAGCUUGAAGCCGUCGACGGAGAGGUAAUGAUUUGAUAUUCAAGAAAAAAAAAACGUAUCAAGUCAUAUUCAGGUCUCUGUUCUUUGCAUGUGCCACACUCGCGAGCUCGCUUUUCCAAAUCUCCAAGGAAUAUGAACGCUUCAGCAAGUACAUGCCGGGAACCAAGGUAAAUUUUUUCAAUCAUUCUAAAAUUAUCAUUUCCAUCAUUUUCAGGUUGCUGUAUUUUUUGGUGGAAUGCCUAUCAAGAAAGAUGAGGACCGACUGAAAAAUAACUGCCCACACAUUGUUGUCGGUACUCCAGGAAGAACCUUGGCUCUUGCUCGAUCAGGAAAGCUGAAGCUUGACAAAGUCAAGUACUUCGUGCUCGACGAAUGUGAUAAGAUGAUUGGUGAUGCAGGUUAUUAUUUAUAGAAUUUAAAUGAGCUUAACCAUUUUUACUUUCAGAUAUGCGACGAGAUGUUCAAGAAAUCGUGAAAAUGACGCCACAGGAGAAGCAGGUCAUGAUGUUUUCCGCAACUCUGCCAAAGGAGCUACGCACCGUCUGCAAGAAAUUCAUGCAAGAUGUAAGGAACAACUACGGCUGGAUCAAUCUCCACUUUCGACACACACCCAAUAAUCCAUGUAUUAGUGUUUGCUAAGCAACAUCAGAUGAUCAAGGGAGAGACUGCAACUGGUAGGAUAAAAUGAAAUCUCUAGAAGUACAUGUUUUAUUCAGGAAAUCACCAGUGGUAGCUCCCGAACGUGGAUGCGUAUGGCUAACGCGAAUCUGAAUGGGACUGAUGCGGCUGUCAGCCACAGCAAAACAUCAAGAUUCUAACGAUCUUGACAUUGUUCGUGUGUGUGUGUCCCAUUUCCCUUAGCCUUUUCAGAAGAUCAAGCUUAACAAGUUAAUUACAGCCAAUGGAAGUUUAUGUCGACGAUGAAGCCAAACUAACACUCCAUGGUCUCCAACAACAUUACGUCAAGCUGAAGGAAGGCGAAAAGAAACAGAAAGCUUUUGGAGCUUCUGGACGCCUUAGAGUUCAACCAAGUGAAUAGUAUGCGUAAAAAAAGUCUCAAUGUCUUUUUCCAGGUCGUCAUCUUCGUUAAGACUGUCAGACGCUGUGAAGCUUUGCACCAACUUCUUUCUGAGCAAAAUUUCCCGUCCAUCGCCAUUCACCGUGGAAUGAAUCAAGAGGAGCGUCUAUCUAGGUACCAGGCCUUCAAAGACUUCCAGGUAAACAAAUACCAUUUCUUAUUCAAGAAAAAAGCCUAAUAUUUUUAGAAGCGUAUCUUUGGUAGCUACGGAUCUGUUUGGUCGUGGCAUGGACAUUGA